CUUCUCAAUUCUCUGGACAGCUUGUUCAACCUUCUGGUAUCUAAAUUUAACCUGAGCCAGCAAUAAUUCUGGUCUAACGCCAGCACCACCGACUCUCAUUAUUUCUUCUUUCCUGGCCCCAACCACAACAACAAUCACACCGACGCCGCCGGGAGACCCUCAGACAUACUCGCCGCUGACUGGGUUCGUUUACACGCUUAAUUGAGAGACCCUGUUACAGGGCCCGUCGGCACCAUGAGUUCGGAGUAUUCCUACGACGAACAGGGCCAGUUCUACCCUUUCUUCAUCUUCACCUUGUCUACCAUCGUCACUCUCCCUCUCACCUACAGCCUCCUCGCGCCGACCAAGGACGCCACCGCUCUCGCGCCGCGGAUCAAGAGUUCAUACGAACCCGAACAUGCCGAUCUCGUACAGGCGCAGCGCGCCGCGCAGAAGCGAAAGCUGCGCAAGAUCAAGCGAGGCAUCUUCGUCGUGUUAGGGUGGGCGCUGAUGGCGGGCAUGAUGUAUCUCAUCGUGACGAGCCAGCGUACCGUCACGAAGCUAUGGAACCCCUACGACAUCCUUGGCAUUUCCGAAUCGGCAUCCGAAAAACAGAUCAAAUCUCACUUCAAGAAACUCGGUCGUCUAUUCCACCCCGACAAGAUCAAGCCCGAUCCCGCCAAGAACGAGACUAUCGAGUCGCUGAACGACAAAUGGGUGGAGUUCACCAAGGCAUACCAGGCGCUGACGGACGAGGAGGUUCGCAACAACUACAUCCAGUACGGCCACCCUGACGGCAAGCAGAGCCUCAGCAUCAGCAUCGCCCUUCCUCAAUUCAUCGUAUCGCAAGGAAACGGCAAGUACGUCGUACUUAUCUAUGCGUUGCUCCUCGGCGUCCUUCUGCCUUACUACGUCGGGUCGUGGUGGUACGGUACCCAGCGGAUUACUAAGGAGGGCGUGCUGGUCGAGAGCGCCAAUAACCUUUUCCGCGAGUACUCAGAGACGAUUGACGAAGGUGCCCUCGUGACCGCUCUGAGCGCCGGCAAGGAAUUCCACGACUCCCUAAAAGGCGAUAAGGCCGAGUCCGGUCUCGCGAAAAUCGAGUCGAGAAUCCUAGCGGAGGGCCAGGUAACCCAAUUUGCUGGUGGUCUAUCAAUAAAAGAUAAGGAGAAGCUUGAGGACCUUGAGGGCGGCGUGAGGAGAAAGGUCCUGGCUCUUCUCUGGGCCUACCUCGGCCGUGUAGAGCUCGACGACCAAGCUUUGAAUAGCGCCAAGUACCUAGUUGCGCCCAUCGCGCAAGCUCUCUGUGGCUCUUUCCGGGCUAUCUCGCUCGCAUACGCUAACACGGGCCCUAUUCUGGCCUCGUAUUAUAUCAGCCAACGACUCAUCCAAGCUGUACCGCCCAAGGCCUCCCCGCUCUUCCAGCUGCCCUACUUCACGCCCGCUGUGGUGAAGGCUAUCGAGGGUGAUUCGAAAACACAUCUUACUGUGCAAGAAUUCAUGGAUUUGCCUGAUGCGGAGCGCCGUAGUACUGUUGUUGGUAAGGGCCUUCUGAGCGAAGAGCAGUACAAGACGGCCUUGGGUAUUUCCAAGCAGCUUCCGUAUUUUCGAGUCGCCAAGGCGUUCUUUAAGGUCACUGGCGAACGCUUCAUUAUCCCAUCAUCGCUAGUUACCCUGGUUGUGAAGGGCCGAUUCAUCCCUCCUGGUAGCGAAAACAUUCCGGAGGUCAACGAGCUAGAUCUGGAGGAUAUCGACCCUGCCGAAGAUGACCUGGACGCGAUUAUGGGACGCAAGAAGACCAAGGACGCAGAUGGCAAGGUGGUUGCGGCGGAGACCAAGCGCGUGUCGCCACCCAUCACGUUUGCCCCCUUCUACUCGCGCGACCACUCACCGCAAUGGCAUAUAUUCCUCUCGGACAGCAAGCAGGGCAAGAUGGCAGUGCCUCCCUUCGGGUUUACCACGUUUGACAAGCCCAUAUUUCGAGACGAUGGAAAGCCGACUUUCAAUAUGCAAACCCUGAGGGCGCAGUUUGCUGCUCCGCCCCAGGCGGGAACCUAUACUUUCGUCAUGCACGUCGUGUGCGACAGCUAUGUCGGCUUUGAUACCAAGAUGGAAGUUACUCUUGACGUCGAGGAUGCUAGCAAGGCUGCUGCCAUGGCUGCGGAGGACGAAAUAAGCGAGCCCGAGGAAGAUUCACUCGCCGGCCAGAUGCAUGCUCUGAAAGGAGGCAGCACUUCUGGCACGACGAAGCCAAAGAAGCAGGACUCGGAUGACGACGAGAGCGGUACUGAUGAAGAGGAAGACGACACGAGCGAGACCAACACCGAUACCGAGCCUGAGUCAUAAACAGGCCCCCUGGCUCGUACGCGUCUUGUAUUCUGUAUGGGGACUACGUCGAGGGGGGCCACGCGAGGGUCGAGGCUUCACUGCGACAUCCUUUCUAUAUGGUAGCUUCGGCGGCUACGGUGUCGCCUUAUCUAUCGAUAGCGUAAUGGUCUACGUCGUCUCUCUCUCUCGACCUUCGAUGGAGCCCUCUUGCCGUCUAAGGUUUGAUGUAAUAGGUAGUCUAUGUAUGU